AUGAUCAUCAAAAUCGGCUCUUCGCACUCGAUUUGCUCAGAGAAAUCGGCUUCACUCACAGCUCCAGAUUCUAAAUUCAUAACGAUUCGAGAGAAUUUUGAUCACCUUAUCAGGAUGUCCGGCGCUCGUACGGCUCUGCGGGACGUCGUCGCACUGCUCGAGAACCCCGACGGAGUGCACGCGUUCAGGAAUUGGCUGUCAAUCGAUCCAGCGCGUACAAUCGACGCCCUUGACCUGUAUCUCGCACUGCGCGGUCUUUCACUUCUCAUCGAAAAUGAGGACCCGAAUUCGCAGCGAACCGCUUGUCACAUUCACAGAAAGUACAUCAGUCUCCGCACGGGUUCCUGUCAUUUCCUGCCCCAUGAUGCCCGUCUCGAGAUGUCCUCUCGUAUCCACUCGCUUCCUCCAUCACUUCCCACCUUUUCCCCUCCACUUCCACCAAUCGAUCUUUUCUCUCCAAUCCACGAUCAUCUCCAUAAUCAUCUCAGCUAUCUUCACUCGCAAUUCAUCACAACAAAACUCUUUCAUGAUUUUGUCCACAUGGUCACCUCCACAAGCUCUUUCGAUGUCCAAGAAGCGACCACCAGUUAUCCAACGAUACAGAGAUCAAUGCAAGCGAUCGAGAUCGAGGAAAGCGAUGGGGAAAGGGAGGAAAUCGAAAGAAAUGAGCUGAAUGGAGGAGGGGGAAUUGUUGGAAUGGACAAGCCACCGAUUGUCCCACCACAUCGAUCAUUCACAUUCAACACGGUCAAGAGGAAAAGGGUGAAGGUUCCUUUACUCGUCGAGCCGACUCCAUUCCGUCAUGAUCGACCCGAGGGACGGCUACAUUUUGCGGCAGUGCUCUCCGAGAAAUUGGAUCAUUUACGAAUGGAAAUCGCGCAACAAAGAAAUGAAGAUGAGAAAAAUGCAUUCAAAAAGCCGGCUUUUGAAGAAACGACAAGUGAUGAAGAAGUGGCAAAUACGCAGAACGGA